AUGUUAUUCUUUCAACUCGACUUCAGCCACAACUUUUCCCGCGAAAAUUCGCUUCUGAAGAGGGUGAGUUCACAAAAACAGGUCUACUUUUGGAGAUUUUUGGGGGUUUCGGAUUACUGUAGUUUUCACAAUUAAAAAUGACGGUCUGAAAUUCAUUUUUGAAUAGAUUUGGAAUCAAAAUUAUUAAAAUUAAAAAAUACAUGAUUGGUCAAGAAGUAAUAUCAGUCUGUCGGAAAAAUAACGGCGGAUCGUCGCGCCUCGGAAUCGCCCAUCAUCGCUUUGCGAUUGCAAGCCGCGGCUGGGGAUUUGGUGCGCGAUAGCGGCGAGGCGAGACAUUUUGCUGCGACGAUCCGCCGUUAUUUUUCCGACAGACUGAUAAGUAUCCUUCAUGUUACACGUGUUACGAAUUUUCUUUUUCGAGGUGAUUAAUGACACCAAUUCCACUCCCAAGACCCCACAGACAUUUCAGAAUGUCUAAUAUUACACUGUGUGUAAUUCCAGCUUCUCCGUGUCACACUUCCCUUCAUCUUUGUCUACGGUCUGCUUGGUGCUUAUAUCACCUUCGGAGCCCAUCUUUUCUAUCAAAUCGAUGAUGGAAUGUCCAAGCAUGGCAUUGCCAACCUCUCCAUCUUCUGUCUUACCACAAUUGCCACCAUUGGGUACGGUAACAUCUAUCCGACCACCGAUUACAGUAGGAUCGUGUGCAUAAUAUACUGUAUAUUCGGGAUCCCGCUUUGUCUGGUUUGUCUAGAUUCAACAGUAAAGACAGUAGCGAGGCUGUAUUGGAUUGUGAGUAGUACCGUGAGACGAAUGAGAAGUCCUUGGAUUCGAGGAGAAAUACGAUUGCCAUUCUGCAUCGCUGGAUGUUUAUUGUUGUCAGCAUUCCUGCUGAAGACAUUGUGCUUCGAGAAGCGUUUCCAUUUUACAUUAGAAGACCUAUAUUUUUGGUAAGGAACAAUUUUUAGAAUUACCUUCUCUUUGAUCUCAAGUAUAACAUGCAUUUUUAGUGUCGUCAGCUUCUCCACCGUCGGUAAGCCCUCAAAUUCAAGAUUUCUGGUUAUUACCUCCUCGAUUGUGCUUGUAAUGAAUCUAAUUUAGUUCUCUAA